AUGGUCAAGAAUUGGGAUACAUAUACUAGACAAGGGCUUGAUUUAGUUUCAUCAGCUGCAUCUAUCGGCUUCUCCGUGGCAAAAACAGGUACAAAGAUUGGCUUUGCUCUCACUCGAGGUAUCGCGUCUACGACUGUUGGCGUCUCUGCAACUAUUGUAGAUGCUGCUCUCUUUGGAGGCGUCACCGUAACACGACCUGUCGUAGGAGGCGCAGUUUCUGCCGCUAUCGGACUAGUUGAACAAUUGACUCUUGUGCCUAUUCAUCUCGGCGAAUACCUCACUUCUACUUCAGUCAUAGCUGCUCAUAGCUCUAUAAAUCUGCUCUCCGUCAUCUUUCCUGGCAGCCAUGAAGCCUCGUUUUCCCUCGCGUCGUUCAUUACACUUGUUAAACGUGAAUGGGCCCAACCUAUCGACGGCGAGAAUUUGCCAGAAAAGCAAUUCGGUGUAACUUCUAUAGCUCGUGCGGUCUCGGCGUGGGCUGCUCUUCAGGGUGUCACGCAAGAGUGGCAGGAGCGUCGUUGGUUCAAAUAUCUGAAAGAGAUUGACGUCAAGAACACCCCCAAGCAUUUCGAUUCACUGCGAAACAGAAAGGGCUCUCGGGUACGCGUUACCUCCGACGUGAUAUUUCCAGGUAAUCUGGGUCAACUUGUCGCUGCUGAUAUUGGCGAAGCUCCCAAACGCGCGCAAAGCAUAUUCAUCAGCAAUCGAGUCAUUUCCCCUCCUCCAAAUACUCAAGUCAAGGGAGUUCCCCAUUCCUCGAGGCGGCUUUCCAAUACCGAAUUGAAGGUCGAACUCCGUCGACUUUCUAAGAUGGUACUAGCGGGAUAUGGCGGUGCUAGUCUACUUUUCUUUGGAAUACCUCUGUCUUCAUCUAUCGGUGCUAAUGUUUCAUCGAGCUCUCCUCAGGCGAAAGCAGAAGAAGCACAACUUGCAAAUGCGGUCAAUGCUUCGGAAGCUGAGGCUGAAGGUGAUGGAUUGCGGCCCGAAAUCAUGCAUGAAGAGCAAUACUCAUGGUGGGAUGUCUUGCUGGGAAGACACGAUCAUGAUAUUUUGGCCAAAUCUGCAAACGACCCCAAUGAAACGAUUCAAACAGAAAUUAAAAUCGGACGAGAGCAUCUUAUGCCUAGGUUUUGGGUUCUCACAGAUCAUUCUCGUGCUCAAGUGGUGCUCAUUCUUCGAGGAACAAUGUCGUUGAAUGAAAUUGCUGUUGAUUUGUCGUGUGAACCAGAGGAAUUUGAACCCGCCUCGACCGCCAACAGCGAAGGACUCAUCCCGGGCCAAUAUAAUUUCCCCAGACGGGCUUCCGCACCUUCUAUUGAUUCAUCGAUCACUCCAAAACGAUAUCUCGUUCAUAGCGGCAUGUUGCGCAUGGCACGGGCAAUGGGCGAUGUUGGAAAGCCUGUACACCUUGCGGUCCAUGAAGCAUUGCAAAGGAAUCCGGAUUACGGAUUGGUUAUGUGCGGACAUAGUUUGGGGGCAGGAGUAGCCGCGCUGCUCGGACUAAUGUGGGCAGAUCCAAAAACUUGUCUCACAGUUCAUUCGAGCGGGCUUCCCAUAGACCGGCAAGUUUCCGUAUACUGCUUUGCUCCACCCGCGCUCACCGAUGCAUCUCUCAGCAAAUUGGCGGACGACCUUAUCGUCUCUUUUGUAUAUUCACAUGAUGUUGUGUCUCGAUUAAGCUUGGGCUCUGUGAGAGACUUGAAGAAUGCGGCCAGCUGGCUGUGCGAGGCAAACGAAAGUCAUCGCCGGGAUGCAGGCUAUAGCGAGGUGACAGCUCGUGCCAGUAACUGGAAAGCUGGCAAAGGCUCCGCAGAUGAUCCUCAUUGGUUUAUCGCGGUUCGUAAGACGCUUGAAGCAAAUAUGAGAAUGUCCCAUACAUUCCCGCCAGGUCGCAUACUAUGGGCUUUGCGUGAGAGCGACUUGCAUCCUUCUCACCGGUUGGACACCUCAAAAGUACUUGACAAGUUAAAACUAUUCGAGGUUCUUGAUGUAGCCGAAGUGUUUUCUCAGAUUGUAUUCGCUAAGGACAUGCUAGGAGCACAUUUGCCACACAAGUAUGAUAGUGUAUUGCAUGAUCUACUUUGA